CGCGUCAAUUCAUGAUCAACUAGAAAGACCAUCUAAUAAUUAAACCAUGACCUAAUAAGCCUCAAAUAUCACAAGAACCAUGUGAUUUCCAACAGUAGUUACCAAAACUCUCAGGAUAGCUAGCUCACAAUGCUUAAACCGAAGUACGAUCCGCCGACUCCGACGUUCCCCUACAAGAUACGAAGACGGUACAACAUGCUGAGUGUGCCGAGGAAAUACUUCACGGACACUGGUGAGGGAAUGCCGGCAUACACGCCGCGAGGCAUCCGAAAGUCUGCAUUGAAUGCGCACAUUUCUGAUAGAGUACACGACGCUGCUUGGCCAUAUUUACGUCGCAUGUUACUAACAAAGCGUGCAUACAAAAGCCGAUUCAGUAUGGAACGUUUGGAACGCUUGGAUCGUAUGAUAGAAGCCGCUAAUGCGACUUGUUAUUCAAAACUUGCGAAUUGCGUCAUUGAUCUGAAGAAACAAGAUACUAAAGAGGUUAAAAAGAAGAAAGGAUGGACUGAAAGCGAGUGGAAGAAACAUAUGGAUUAUAUCGGACAGAUCGCCGGUCCAAAGAGGGACUUUAGACCACCGCCUAUUUCGCGAGGACCGUACAAGCCGCUAGAGGCGCUGCUGCCUCGUAUCAAAGUGAUAAGCGCGAUGCCCAAGUUCAAGAUCUACAGGAGAUUGUCGCAAGAUUCCAACUACAGGGACCCUGUUAAGGUCCCACCAGCCGCUCUCAAAUACGUGCUGACGGAUAGAACAAAGAAGCUAGCUACCCCGAGAGUUAUACCCCAGUUCUAAAUAGAUUUACGUAUAAAGUCAUCAUUAAAUAUAUAAAAAAUAUUACAAUAUUAAAGAAAAAAAAACUACUGUUAGAAUCUUCAAAAUAACCAAUAGUUAAAUAGUUUGAAAGUCAAAUAAAACAAUCCAUA